CAUGACGUGCAGCACAGUGAAUCUUAUCUCCACCUGGGCCAAUUCGUUCUUGCCAAAAUCUCAAAACCCAGAUCAAGAACAGUCUACUUCUGCACUUAUUUGGACUCCUACCUCCAAAUAUAUUCGCAUUGGGCUUCACAAUCGUCCCCCAGUCCAUCUUAGCACCACCCCCUCCCCUUCCUGGCUCCCAGUCCAAAGAACCAUCAACUGCAAGGUCUGCAAACUUGAGAUCUCUGUCUUCCUCACUUCUUCACGACCGAACAUCUCAAACACAGAAACUGAAAAACCCUCUGUAAACCCCUGCAAUGCCCCUUCCUUCCCUCAAUCUCAAAUCUUAAAAGCAUAGCAAUGGUAGGCCCACCAAGACACUUACUUCUUCCUAUCAUUCUCACCUCCAUUGGUGCCGUCAUCCUGUUCUCCCUCCACCAAUCCAUUCACCCCAUCCCUAACCCUGAUUUCAUCCCAAUCAACACCUCAAUCAAGACCCCAAAUCCCCAAUUCACUCCUCAGGAUUUCACGUUCCUAAUCAAAGUCCUUGCCUUUAACCGCCUAGACUCACUCUCCAGGUGCCUUAACUCCCUCUCCGCCGCCAACUACGGCGGAGACACUGUCCAUCUCCACAUCCACAUUGACCACUUUGCUCUCACCAAUGAAUCCAUCAACGUUAUAGAUAAAAAACUUGAGGACUCGCGAAAAGUUUUGAACUUUAUUGAUGGGUUUGAUUGGAAAUUUGGAAACAAAGUUGUGCAUUAUAGGACUAAUAAUGUUGGGUUGCAAGCUCAAUGGCUAGAAGCUUGGUGGCCAAGUUCAGAUCAUGAAUUUGCGUUUAUUGUGGAGGAUGAUUUGGAAGUUUCGCCGCUGUUUUAUAAAUUUGUGAGGGGUUUGAUUGUUAAUUACUAUUACAAUGCGUCGAAUUUUAGUCCUUCUGUCUAUGGCGCUUCACUUCAGCGUCCAAGGUUUGUCCCAGGUAAACAUGGAAACAAAAUACAUUUGGAUAGUGAAACACGUCUUUUCUUGUACCAAUUGGUUGGGACUUGGGGCCAGAUUCUCUUUCCGAAACCUUGGAAAGAGUUUAGGUUGUGGUAUGAUCUGCACAAGUCCAAGGGCAUCAAGCCAUUUCUUGAUGGAAUGGUGACUAAUGGGUGGUACAAAAGGAUGGGAGAAAGAAUCUGGACUCCUUGGUUCAUUAAAUUCAUCUACUCUAGAAGUUAUUUUAAUAUCUACACAAAUUUUCAGCAUGAGAGAGCACUCAGUGUCUCUCACAGGGAUGCUGGUGUUAACUAUGGGAAAACUGCUGGGCCUGACUCCCAAUUAUUGGACGGAAGUUCUCUUGACUUCAACUUACUGGAAAUGCAACCACUGAGUAAUCUGAAAUGGUAUGAUUACUGCUUUAGAGAAGUUCUUUCUGGAAGGAUUGCAAGGACCUUGGAUGAAGUUGGGUCUAUUCUUCGAACCGUGCAGAAAGAUCAGAGUGUUCUGCUUGUGAGUAUAUUUGGGAAAUCAGGCACAAUCACGAGGAACAUGCUUUGCCACUUGGAGAGGCUAAAUAUAAGGAACUAUAUAUUGAUAGGCCCUGGGUCUGACUUUCUAUUUGAUCUUGCUAGAAGAGGGCAUCCUGUGAUUGAUGCUGACCAGUUUUUCAAUUAUCUUAGAGCACAGAGAGUAAUGGGAUUUCAACACUCCAGUGCAGAGCUGAUGAAGAACGUUUUAGUGAAUGCUUAUGUCAUCAAGAAGUGUUUAGAAGAUGGGUAUGAUUCUUUGACAGUGGAUGCAAACGUGCUUUUCCUCAGUAAAGUUCAAGAGUUCAUUAAUCCUUCCAGUGACCUGUGUGCUGGGAAGAGCUUGGGAUUUUUCUAUGUUAGGAGCUCUUUUUCUGCUCAAGAAAUUUGGGCUGAUCUCCUGAAGAAGGUAGCUGCCAUAAUAGGUAAGGGUUUGUUACAGGGAGAGAGCACAAAUUUUGUAUACUUUGUGGUGAAAUUCUUGGAACAGAAUGGUGCAGGAAUUCUCAGGGUUGAUGAGGCAAGCAUUGGCAUCAAGAUUGGUGUCAAUGCUUUUAACCAAUCAUCUGUGGAGGCUGGGAAGAAAAUGGUUUAUUGGUCUACGGACACAAGUUUGGAUUUGAUUCAAAGGCGGCUUCAAGAAUUGAGUUUGUGGGUUGUAGAUGGUGACUCUUCUUGCACUGCUGUUGUUUGUCAUGAGUCAUAGCAUUUAGAGCUGGACAGAUUUUGUUUAACCGAUUUUCUUUGUACAACACGUUGAAAUAUUACUGAUAUUCUUUUGCACGCAUUUCAUACCAAAUGUAACCUAUAUUGUACUGUAAAUUUUUGAAACAAUUAAAAGAAAGUAAUUGCCCUUAGUGAA